CAGAGAAUAAAUUCUAUCACAAGUGUUGACAAUGUUUAUUUAAUUUACAAAUUACACCAAACAAUUCUUCUCCCGUGGGGAUAUACAUAAAUAAAAAAAUAGAAGGUAAACGACGCUUGGCAACAACACGCUGGAGACAUCAGAUGCGUCUGAGAAAGUAGCAAAUUAAACUAUUUAGCAUUACUACGGUACGAUACUUCGCUAGAUGAAUACGCUUAGCUUAACUUUAUGGAAUUUCUUUAAUUGGCGUAUUGAACAUUUGUUAUUUGGCGGUCAAAAAUAAACAUAUGGUAUAUUUGUAAAUAAGGCAAUAUGGCUAGCGAGGAUUUAUUCGAAAAGGAUCUCUCCGAAGAAAUUAUUACGACCUUGGAACAGGAAGCAGAGCCCGCUUUAAAUUUAGAAGCAGGAAAUUUUGAAGAUGAAAUUGACAUCAUCCCUAAUGAAGCAGAAGAUAUUUCGCAUGAAGAAACUAAGAAAGAACCUUAUAAAUCUUUGAAAUCGUCUUCAAAUGAAAAUAAAAUGUUUCAAUUACCUUUAACUCGUAUACGUAAUAUAAUGAAACUGGAUCCAGAUUUGAAUAUAGCUUCACAUGAAGCAGUUUUUCUGGUAACCAGGGCUACAGAACUAUUUAUCGAGUCUUUGGCGCGGGAAGCUUACACUUACACUAUGAAUUCCAGGAAAAAGACAGUGCAGAAACAAGAUGUUGACCUCGCUAUAGCGGCCGUCGACAGUCUAAUGUUUUUAGACGGUGCAAUGGAAUUUUGAUGCAGUCGCUUCUAUAUAUCAAUUAACCUUAUGUACGCCUUAAAAUUAUUAAAGUCUUCUGUGGAAAAUGACUUGAGAUAAUGUUCCUACACAAACCAUUUCCCAAUAUACCUGGUUUGUAGAAUAACUUAUUGUAAAACUUUGUCCUUUACUUGAAGUGAUUAAAUAUGAAGUAAUGUUAUCUUUCAAAUCUCAAUAAACCACCAGACUGCACUAACCGCUUACACUUAAAUUGUCUUAUCCACCUUAGUGUCAAAAACAUAAUACUUAAAUUAACAUUUUGUUCUUCCACUAUGAAGUAACUUACAAUGUA